AUGUCUGUGCAAUCUCACGUUUCAUUAAUUGAUUUAUCUAAACAGUUUAAAUUUUCGAUCGAUGAUGAGUUAAAAAAAGCUUUAUGUUUUGAUGAAACCUUAGUAGUAAGUUGUGGACAUAACGAGGGUGAAUUUAACCUCGAGUCAUCUGAAUCUGAAUGGUCGUGUACUAGUUCAACUGAUGGUGAAGUGAAAGAUGAUAAAGUAAAUGAGUUAGAACAAACAAAGCAUGAACCAGCCGAAGAACCAGAAAAAAUGCCUAGCAAAGAAGAAGAAGAUUAUUUUCAUUUUUACUUUUUCCCUGAUUGCACUAAAUCUGUUCCAACACGUGAUAGUAUGGCGAGCUGUAUAAUAGAAGAUGGCUUUCCUAAAAUAAAUCCCAAACUUCAGGAAGAUAAUAAACAUCAGUGCACCUGCAAAACUGACAAGAAAGGCGAGUGCCCAUGUUAUUUCAAGGUUCCAUGUCAAUGUGGUGCAAAAAAACACGCGGAUUGCAAGUGUCAUGAAGUUGAAAAUAUUUGUAUAUGUGAAGAAGGAAAACCUCAAAUAGUAUGUAAAUGCAAGCCCAAUAAUGUAUGCCUGUGUCACGAUGGAAAACCUCGACCUUUUUGUAAUUGCGAUCACGUUGAAAAACCAUGUAUAUGCAUGCCUGGCAAGUAUCCUUGCCCAAUUUGUGGCUGCGAAUAUAAGCCAUAUACUAUUAACGAUACGAUUAACGAUGCUAGUAAAGAUAUUAUUGAAAAAGAAGAAAUUGGUGAAGGUGAAAUGAUUGAGCAGGAAGAACAUUCUAUUCCUGAUGAUAAUGUAAAACAUUUAGAACCAUGUGUUUGCCAAAAUCUUUUACCAAAGACUGUAUGUUAUUGUCUUAAAGGAAAAGAAUGCUUGUGUAAAGAAGCAGAGUGCACUUGUGGUAUACCACCUAGUUGCAUUUGUGAACCUAGUGAAAGUGAGAAAAUUGCUUGCGCAGACGACGAUUCUAAAACAGUUUGUAUUUGUCCCGUGGAGCCGGAAUGUACGUGCACUUCUAAACCGCCUGACAACUGUGUAUGUUUCAAGUCUAAAGACUGUACCUGUGGCGAUCCAGAAAAUUGUCGCUGUAACAAAACAUGUGAUUGUAUUCUACCAUGUCUUUGUGACCUCUCACAAAAAAAAGAGGACAUCUGUACGUGUAACGAGAAUAGAAAGGAAAUUGCUGGUAGUCUUAUCUGUACAUGCCCACGUAAGAAAGGAAAAGUGACAAAAUUAAAAAGAAAGAGAGUUGGAAAACAUGAUUAUCAAUGGUGCCCAGAUGUUGAUCCAAAACAUACCUUCUUUGGAUACGCGUACAACAGACAUGAUAAAAUAUCGUACAAAGAACAAGAAAAGGAAAAGUUGAAAAUAUUAGGUCUAUAUGAUGAACCAGCCACACAAGAUCAAGACGAUCAAUGCCCUGUUCACGGUAGCCAGGUGAAAUUGCCAGAGUUUAAGAAGAAAGUUCGAAAGCCUUCGUUGGAUUGCUGUAGUGCUGUUGGGGGUGUAAGCAUAAGCGUCCAAACACUAGGCGAAGACAAAGGCAAGUUCCUUGUCCAAGUUGUGUCUCACUCUUCUAAGGAAGGAGCUAAAACUGGUUGCAAGCUGGUCAGCAUUUUAGAUUGUAACCUACAUACUUUGGAAGAGAACAAAACUGAACACAUAACAAAGAAGGAGCUCACCAAAGAGCAACGCAGCUAUAUGACUAUCUGCGAAAGCGGCUAUUACAAUAAAGUGACUCGUAUUUGCGGCGAGCGACAUUAUGUCAAACGACUCUAUCACUCUUUCGAUGCUGCCCGUAACUUUUUAUUGGAAGGUGCUAAUGUGGUGCUUCUUCGGUAUAUUGGGCUAAGCAGAUAUUGCGGUCAUGUAAAAACCGAUACCGUAUUGAUCGAUGGUACUAUAUGUGAAAGCAUUUACGUAAGCCAUGGCGUAAGUCAGGCGAUUGUGAACGGGAGGCCAUUAUUCGUAGUGAAAGUAGAACGUCACAUUAUUGAGCCGUCCGGAUUUAUCCAUCAAACUUUGACAGUGCUGACGCUGAGAGGUUACAUGGUGAGCCACGAGUGGGCGGAUACCAGCUACAUAUUUCAUAUUAACCCUCUGCUGCGAAUCGUUCCUGAAAAAGAUGAAAUAGAACCGCACGAGCCCCUUCGGGAAAAUUGGCGAAGCGAUUUACAACUGUUUUCAGACUAUCUUGAUUAUAAGGCUAAGCGGUCAUCAGAAGGCGCUAAGUACGUCACAGAGAACGGCGAGCUGACAGGGUUAAUUCGCGACUACCUUCAGACGCUGUUGCUACUUCGCCCACAUGACGCCUUGCAGUUCACUAGGAACUAUUUUGGUUCCACUCUGUCCGCUUUGGACUUACCACACGAUGAGUACUUUGAUCCUUGCUCUAGACGAGUGAGAUAUUACUUUUUUGAAGAGUAAAAUUAUUGUACUAUUGUAAAAAAAAAUUAAUCGUCAAAUUAAAAAAAAAACCUGAGGCUUAAAUUUACGCAAUUUCUCUCGCUGCAUGACAGGAAUAAUCUCAUGAGUAGGAAUCCCAGGUACUGUUUGAAAUUAUGUAAGAGUUUUAUCUAAUGGUAUUUCGAUUAAAUUUUACGUUGUCAUUUUAACUGUGCAGUUUUCCGACUUGCCUACACAAGGACGUUUUAACUGUACAGUGUGAUUCUCAGUUAUAACUGUAAGUCAGUAGCCCAAAUAAGUUUCAUGAGUGUAUUUAGGCAUAGCUAAUUUGAUAAUACUCGUUAAGACCAUCCGCAUACACUCGUUUUCCGAAUCCGUAUUCCGUGUUCGGAAAACCUAAUGCAUGAAAUCAAUACAAAAUACAUUAAUGUCAUAAUACAUUAUGUACUGUUUUUCCGAACAAUACAAAUUCAAAAUACAUUUAGAAUGAAGUAAAACGUAAAG